AUGAAGCAACUUUUUUUCCUAAUAUACUUUUCACUCCAAUGCUUUAUUAAAUUAUGCAUAGCACAGAAUUCGACAGUGCAACAACAAACUUUAACGGUAUCCGUAGGAAUUGCUGCUGUAGAGAAUGUAGAAACCGGGAAUAUAGGUUGGUCAACAAGUGGAGGUGCUAUACCUUUCGUCAUUCAAUCACUGAAAUCACAAGGAUAUCUUCAAAAUAUCGAGUUUCAAGUAUACGUUAACUAUACUGAAUGCGAUGCGGGCAAUGGAGCAGCAGCAGCAAUCGAGUUUAUGAAGGACAGGAAUACGGACGUUGUUAUAUCGGCACCAUGUCCACAGGCUGGAAGAAUAAUGGGAACACUGGCUACAUAUUACAAUAAGCCCAUACUAGGUUGGGGGUUCCUCACUCCCUCGGAGUUCGCAAACGCCAACCAGUUUCCUUACCUUACUUCAGUAGUAUCUAGCUCUUUGAGCCUCGGUUAUGCGGUUACAGCCGUGUUCCAAGAAUUUAAAUGGGAUCGAAUCUCCAUCAUUUACAUGAAUAAUGACGUUGACUAUUGUGGUGGAGUAGUUGCAGAUUUAGAAACAGCACUUUCUGAUGAUUCAACGUAUUCAACUUCAGUCGUUUAUAAAGCAGAAGUCAGGAGAUCCGUGAAAUAUGACGAGGUCCUGCUUCGCGCUCGAGAUCGUUCAAGAGUAAUCAUCACAUGCUUCGAUGAUUCUUUUGAAAGAAGAAGGUUCAUGAUAAGCGCAGUGGAAAAUAAUAUGACGACUGACGAGUUUGUUUACAUUCUGAUAGGGAUGCGAAGUUUAGCAUUUGCUCGAUCAGGAUCUGGAGGAUCUGAAAAAUUUUCCAAUGGAUACACCCCGGUCUGGAACGAUAUAGUUAAUAACAAUGAAGAUGGUAAAGAUGCCGUGGCAAGAGAGGGGGCUAUGAAAUUUUUCUGUAUUGAUUUGAGCGCAGAUGUCAUGGACACCGCAUAUUUACAAAAGUUCCAAACUACGAUGAUUCCUAUGGUUAGGCAAUCUCCCAUCUAUUGUUCCACAGACAGUUGCCUGAACAAUUCUAAUGAUAAUCCCUCUGGAUGGUCUCGCCACUUACAUGAUGUUUUUUACCUUUAUGCGUCUUCGCUGAAUGAAGCCAUUCGAUUAGCGGGGCCUACCGGAGUUUCGAAUACAACAGUAUUACAGAGUGUAAUGAGAAAAUCAUUUCAAGGACUUACUGGUGAAGUAACAAUCAACGAAAACAAUACUCGUGAACCUCUCUUCAUGCUAUAUGCUAUAAAUGAGAAAUAUGAUCAAGUCUCAUACGGUAAUAUAACUAUAAGGGAAGGGAAAGCUGUCUUCUCGAAGGCUUACGCGAGUGAAAGCGAGCUGUGGGCAACUAGAAAGAAUAAGCAAAGACCUAGAUCCACUCCGAUUUGUGGCUUCCUUGGACGAAGUUGUCCGAAAACAUUUUGGGAAUUAUACCUGUUGUAUGUAGUUAUUGGUGGCGUCGUUGUUAUCUUAUUGAUAAUUUCCUUGAUCGUUUUCACAGUUUACAUCUAUAGAGCCAAAAAAGAAGAACAAAGACGUCUAAAUUCAGAAUGGCAAAUACCUUACACUCGAUUACGAAAACCACCUUCCAAAAAAGAGAAAGAUGGACAAAGUAAGCGGUCACUCCAAUCUGGACCUAGUACCAUAACGAAUGAUAGCAAAUUCACGUUUGACAAGGAGUUCAGUAGUUACAGCGUGUUUCUAUAUGACAAAGACGUUGUUCUUUCAACAAAACAUCCUGCAACACCCUUAACAUCUGCCGAUUAUGAUAAUUUUGUACAACUGAGAAAGCUGGAUCAUGAUAACUUGAACAAGUUCAUUGGAUUGUCAAUAGAUGGUGCUGAUUACUUAACUGUUUGGAGGUUUUGCAGUCGAUCAAGUCUUCAGGACAUUAUAUCCCGUGGAAACUUUUCUGUUGACCCGUUCUUCAUUUUCUGUGUUAUUCGCGAUGUCGCAGAGGGUUUAUGCUUUCUACACAGUUCCUUUGUUCAGUGGCAUGGAUCUCUGCGGUCUGGUUGUUGCUUGGUUAAUGAUGGUUGGCAAGUGAAAAUUAGCGAUUACGGACUAAAAUGUUUAUCUGAUGAAAAGAGUACAAGUAAAAAACGUCUUCUAUGGAUAGCACCAGAGCAUCAACGUGAACCAUUCCCACCUGGUUCGUCUGCUGGCGACAUAUAUUCUUUCGCUAUCAUAUCCUCUGAGAUCAUAACAAGGAAACCUGCUUACGAUCUCAUGGAAAGAAAAGAGAGCUUGGACGAGUUACUCUAUAUGAUCAAGAAAGGGGGACAUAAUCCCGUUCGCCCAGAUCUCCAUACUGAUAUAGAAAUCAACACAGCAUUGCUUCAUUUAGUAAGAGAUUGCUGGAGUGAAAGACCUGAUGAACGCCCACAAGCUGCAACGGUCUGCAAUCUAUUGAAAGCUAUGAUUCCGAAUAAGCAGGCAAACUUGUUCGAUCAUGUUUUCAAUAUGAUGGAAGAGUACACCACCACUCUGGAGUUAGAAGUUGAAGAAAGAACAAAAGAACUUUCAGCCGAAAAGAAAAAAGCUGAUGUUCUUUUGAGCAGAAUGCUUCCACGGCAAGUAGCUGAAAGAUUAAAGAAAGGUCAAACCGUUGAGCCCGAAGGUUUUGACAGUGUGACUGUAUUCUUUUCUGAUGUUGUGAAAUUCACUCAGUUAUCUCAAAAAUGCAGUCCUCUACAAGUUGUGAGCUUAUUGAACGAACUAUACAGUAACUUCGACAACAUCAUUGAAGAGCAUGAUGCAUAUAAGGUGGAAUCCAUUGGUGAUGGCUACUUGUGUGUAUCCGGCUUACCGACCAGGAAUGGUUAUGAACAUAUAAAAGUGAUCACAGAUAUGUCUCUUGCAUUCCUCGACUAUUGCAAAUCGUUCCGGAUAGCACAUUUGCCGAGAGAACGAGUGGAACUUCGGAUAGGAAUAAAUUGUGGACCUUGUGUGGCAGGUGUUGUCGGACUUUCAAUGCCAAGAUAUUGUUUAUUUGGAGAUACAGUGAACACAGCUUCUAGAAUGGAGAGUAAUGGAAAAGCUAGUCAUAUUCAUAUGUCUGGAGAAGCACAUUACCUUCUUUCAAGUAAAUAUCCUGGAAUUUAUGACACUCAGUCGAGAGGAGAAGUAAUUAUCAAAGGUAAAGGUGUUAUGGAAACGUUUUGGGUUUUCGGCGUGAAGGAUGGAACUCAGCGCGAGCCUAUUGAGCGCAAUAACAAAACACCCCCAAUGGAAACUAUCUCCGAGGUUAAGCCACAUAAGCCUCCGCCAGGAAGAUCGGUUCAAAGUCCUUCUUCUGAUAUAGCCUCUCUAGCCAGAUCUGCCUCCCCCGAAGCAGUAACUGAAGCUAUGUAUAGAGAAUUUAAAAGAAAAGAUACAUCCGUUGUGCUUGAUGACCUUUAA